AUGAUUGCUAUCAUGCGGUUAUACUUCGCACCGCCAUUAUACUUCGCACCGCAUUAUUUAUCAUGUUCAGCGGGAAAUAAUGAGCAGCACAAUAGAAAAGGUGGUAGUACAAAGAACAAAAAACAACAACAGACUAUUGUACAAAAACCAAAUCAUCAGAAAGAAUUACCAUUAAAACGUGGUCAACGGUCGCGUAUGAAAAAAAUGAAAGAAAAAUACGCAGAUCAAGACGACGAAGAUCGUGAAAUACGAAUGAAAUUAUUAUGUUCAGCGGGAAGUAAUGAGCAGCACAAUAGAAAAGGCGGUAGUAAAAAGAACAAAAAAAAACAACAGACUAUUGUACAAAAACCAAAUCAUCAAGUACCACCCUUAUCUACUAACAUACCAAAACCGAAACCUCUUCCACCUCGUCAACUGAAAGAAUCCGGUGGGGAUACGGGAGUAAUAGUAGAAGAAGUUAUUGACGAUGAGGAUGAACAAGAGAAGAAUAAAGCAGAAACUGAUGAUUAUCGUUUAUUAUCAACAAUAACUGGACAACCCGUCACAGAUGAUCCAUUAAUUUAUGUAAUACCUGUUUGUGCUCCAGUUUACAAAGUUGAAAUUUAUGUUAUUUAUUGUAAACUCACCACUGUAAAUACGGUACUGGGAAAAUAUGAUGCUGAAAUAGAUGUUGUUUCUUCUUGGUUUAUUAAUACUUCAGAUAAAAUUACUACGUAUGAUCCAGACACACAUUGGAAUCCACAACUUGUAUUUGAUAAUGUUAUUGGAGAGUCAAAAAUUCGAACACGUUUUGAAGUGGAACAUGAAACAGGAGAUGAUGGUAGAACGCGUAUAAUUCAAUAUCAGAAAAUAUCAGCAACAUUUUCUGAAGCUUUCAAAAUUUUUCAAUAUGCAUUGAAACUUAUCCGUUCAAGCAUUGCAGGUGUUCUCAUAACGACUCUCCAUACUACAUCGUCCAUACGGCUAAUUGGUAAACAAGAAUAUAGUUUUUUGGCGUAUAAAGCUGUACUUGAAAAUCAAAUAUGGGAUUUUAAUCAAACUGUGUUCGUUCAAGAAACAAUUUAUCAAGAACAAACUCAUUAUUUAAAGUCACGGGAAUAUCCACGUUUAAGAUUUAAUGCUAUUGUAGCCAGAAAAAGUCAAUUUUAUGUCAUAAAUUUAUUAUUACCUCUAUUUUUUGUCACAUCAACCAUAUUUGUUUCAUUUGCUCAUGAUUCAGGUGGAGUUUCAUCUCGAAUAAGUGCAUGUGCAACAACUCUAUUAACAGAAAUUAAUUUUCGUUUUAUUAUUCAUAAUUACUUGCCAAAUGUGCCCUAUUUAACAUCAUUGGAUAUUUACUCAAUGGCAUCUAUUAUGUUUAUUGUUAUGGUAUUUGGAUGGCAUGCAUUUGCCGGCAAAUAUUUGAAACAUAUUCCUUAUGGUCAAUUGGACAGUUAUGUUGUAUUAACUUCUGCUAGUAUUUAUAUACUGGCUCAUAUAGUAUUUGGCAUAUUUGGGUGUUAUGUACCAAGACAAAAACAAAAACGUGCUCUCAAUACAAAACCGACUCUUUUUGUUGACACUCCCAUAUUAAUUGAAACUAAUAACCCUGGCUACGAACAUACUCGCGUAAGAUUAUAG